UUAAUUGUCUAUAAAUUCGAUCUCACAUCAAUCGCCAACUUUCAAUCUUUGUCCGAUUGUCAUCGAAUCUAAAUCAACUACCCUCUAAGUUUCUCGUACCAUCUCUAAAGUCGAAAUGAAAGUUCUCCCUUCGCGAAAAUCCGGAACCACUCCGUCCUCCCCAGCUGCAAGUAAGUGCUAAUAACUGCACGAGUCCGAAAAAAGCAGUGUUGCAACAGCAGGGUUGCUCCCCCAAUUAUGGCCUUAUUAGUGGUCACCGCCUUCCCGCGACCCCGGUGGCAGCCAACCCUGGGCUGGGCGUUGGGCGCGGCCCUGCUGCUGACCAGCGGAGUGAACGGUGGCUACCCCCGUGACGUCGAGUUGAUCGAGCCGGUUACGGGGAACCUUAACCGCAACGACCCACCGCCAAAGGUUGCCGCGAGUGCGCGCGGCCGGCACCACUAUCCAAGUUACGUGAAAGGUCAAGACCCGGUCGAGGAGUACAAUCGCCGGAGGUUGCACGUGGACACCUCGCGGUACUUGAGCGGUCACCGGGAAGCCCUCUCGCACUGGGAUGGCCACCGGCAGCUGGAGGCCGAGGGGCGGGCACUUCGGGAACGGUAUGGACGGCGUUCGGGGGUUGAAAGUGAUCGACUGCAGAGGCAGAAAAAAGUGCAGCAUCGUGAGGGGGUCGAUCGAGGCAGGGGUGUGAUAGGUCGCCAGAAAGUGAAAGAUCCAAUUAAACGGCGCGUUGGACGGCGGGUGCAGUUGGAUAUGGAUGCUCCGAGGAGGUACGAGGAGUCGGAUCCGCACGUGUUCUCGUACGAACGGGCGGAACCGUUGGUAGAGGGGGAUGAAGAUUCUGGAAGGCAGGCCAGUUUACCGGAUGAUGUAAAGUUCUUUCAGGAUCUCUACUGCGAGCAAAAGUCUCCCCUGGAGUUGGAGUUUGGUCAUCUGUACGAGACUCAGGAUGGCUGGGAAGAGCGCUACCUUAACUUUUUCGGUGACGGUUCGUUCAACGCCGGGUCCAAACGUGGCAACGAUCAGCACUACGUCGAACAGCACGAGCGGGGAUCCCGCGGGGCCGGAAUCUUUCAGAAGCGGGUCAAGUGGGCCGACAAAAAGGGCGGAUUCGGCGAGCACUAUUGGGAUUUGAACCACGUAACGAGCUAGAAUCUACAAGUUGCUGGAGAAGGGCUCCUGAACUAGAUCAUGGGCUAAAGAUUGCAUCUGAUAAAAGUUGGAAAUGCAAAAAUUGUUAUAAUUUCAAAUAAAAAAUAAUAAUUUA